AAAAGUAUAUAAAAAAAAAACAAAAACUGAUAUUUCCGUAUUACAAUAUACAACGCGUUCAUGCAGGGUCGGCGUCACCGAAAAGGGCUCCCUCAACUUGAACAUAUCAGUUCGUGCAGAAGGUGGCCAUUCAUCCAUGCCACCAGCACAGUCGAGCAUAGGAAUCCUAGCUACAGCUAUCAGCAGGUUGGAAUCCAAUCCUCACCCCUUAAUAUUUGACGAACUAACGGAAGAUUUUGUCGAAAAAAUAGCUCUGGAUCUUCCGUUCCCCCUUAACGUCAUAUGCUCAAACAUUUGGAUUUUUAAACCGCUUAUUAAAUGGGUGCUGUCAAAAGGCAUGACGAAGUCCAUGAUACAAACUACAACUGCAGUAACUAUGAUACACGGAGGGUUGAAGUCCAACGUCAUACCACCAUCCGCAUGGGCGAUUGUCAAUCACCGCAUACAUCCAAGUCAAACUAUUCAACAGAUUAUUGACCGUGAUAUUGCUGUUAUCAACGACGAUCGAGUUCAUGUGGAAAAGAUGAAAAACUUUGUUGCCGCUGAAGCGCAUCCUGUAUCUCCACACGAUCCGACCAAGGACUGGCCGUACCAUGUGCUUGAAAAAUCUGUUCGCCAGAUUUACCCCAAGGCUGUGGCUCUUCCAGUAUCCAUGGUCGCUAACACUGACACAAGACAUUUCCUCGACUUCACGAAGCAUAUCUUCCGUCACAACCCAGUCAGAUUACAUGUCAAAGAAUUGUCAAUGAUACACGGCCGUGACGAAUUUAUAACAAGAUCAAGCUUCGAAUCUUCCAUAAACUUUUUCUAUCAUUUGAUGUUGAAUGCAAACGAAAAGGGUGAUGUUCUUCCACCUCUAGAACAUACUACUGAACUAUAAUGUUAGCAAAUAUAGUAGGGUGGGGUAAGAUGGGACGCCUUCUUCAUUCCAUUUUCUCGUCCCAUUUAGUAGUAAACAAAACACAUUUAAAGAAUUAUAAAACCGUAUCCUCACGACUCUCAUAGACCGUUGUUAAUUGUUUAAAACUCAGAGAAUUAUAAAACCGUCUCCUCGCAACUCUUACAAAGACCGUUGCUAAUUGUUCAGAACACGAUCAGGAUAUUUGAAUAUUAUUUGCUAAAGGUGUCCAAUCUUCCCCUACAGUGCUAUCCAUCUUGUUUUCUGUAGUUGCAGGACAGGUGUUACUUACAUUGCAUUCCCUCAAGCACUCUAUACUUUGUGUUCUCGCUAUAUUCUGUGUUCUUCAAACGCCUUCGACCAAACUAUGCAUAAUCGUCUAAUUAACCUUUUAUUACUUGCUGUAUGUUGUUACUAGUGAAUUAACAAUUCAAAUAAAACGUUUGAAGUUUUA